AUAUGAGUAAAGUUCGCGGAAUUUCCCAGAAUGCUCUGCCAUAUUAUUGCUCAACAAUCAAGAUGGCGGAUUGGGAUUCCGAAGAUUUCGACCCCGAUCAAGGCUUUUCUAAGCCGGUAGCGAGUGACAGAUGGGAGGGAGAAGACGAGGAGGAAGUCAAGGGUGCUUGGGAUGAGUCUGACGAGGAAAAGAAAGAAAAUGAAACAACAGAAACAGUUAAAGCUGUCCAAGUGAAGAAAAAGAAGAGUUUAGAAGCAACCCUGAAAGCCAAAGAAGAGAAGAGGAAAAAAGAGCUUGAUGAAAAGAAAAAGAAGGCACAGGAACAAAGGGUUGAGUUGAGUGCAGAAGAGCAACUUGCAGAGAAAUUGAGACAACAGAAACUACAAGAAGAUUCCGAUCUCGAACUUGCAAAGGAGGCUUUUGGCGUAACAGAAGACGUCAAAGGUAGGAUAGACGCCAUGCAGCCCACGACAGAGGAGGAGUUCGAGGAAUUUGCCAAACUACUGAAAGAAAAGCUACAGCAGCUUGAGAAAUCGCCGCACUACGUAGACAUGCUCGACAACGUGUUCCAAGGGUGCAGCUUAAGUUUGGAACCAGAUCAAGUUAAAAGACUAGGAUCAAGUCUAACGGCCAUAGCGAAUGAGAAAUCGAAAGCGCAAAAGGCUGGCAAGGGGAAGAAAAAGGUAAAAAGGCGGUCUUAGCAGGAAGUGGAAAGUCAGGCAAAGGAAUCGACGAUGCGUAUGCCGACGGCGGAUAUGACGAUAUGGACGACUUCAUUUGAUGAGCACUCUACAGGUAUUUCUCGUCGCGAGAACAUACGGCAAUAUAGAUUUAUUAUGUACAGUAAACUUGUAUUUUUUGUUUUUCAAAAAUAAAGAAAAUAUUGAAUAAAAAAGGGGGUUAUUUUUAGUGCUGCAUUUCGAUGAGCUUCAGAUGAAAAUGUUUCAACAGCAUGUGAAGUGACGGAAAACCUAGUAGCCAAAAUGCAAGAAAACAACACAAAUUCUGUCGAAUCACUUUGCAUAGGGUAGACAAGGGCGGAUCCGGGGGGGGGGGGGGGGGUUGGCUAC